CCAGAUGGGUGAACGUAGACGGCAAAGAAUAGCGCUGAGCUGAUUUAUUAUUAAUAACAGGCAUUUUAAUAGUUUUGUUUUAAUUUAGAAAAAUGAUUAUUGUACUGUCAACAGUAAAACACAUGUUGAGAACUGUCUAUAUUUAAAAAGUUGAUUUUUCUUUCAACAAAAACAUUGGAAAAGUUCUAAGCGCAUACUGUUUCACGAGUGUUCAAGCUGCGUCAUGAAGAAACCCAACACAACCAUUCUCUGGAAAUCACACCAUUUUGGACGUAAAUACAGUGCUUUUCUAUGGAUUUAUGUUGUGCUUGCACUGAGCCAAAUUAAGUCUACAACGGCUUCAGGAAAAGUGACGAUCGCCCUUCAGAGCUAUGUGUUUGAAUACGACAACGACGGCGAAGAUACUGGCGUUGAGAUUUCCAUUGCUCAGAACCUGCCCAAUUCCAGAGAGUACCUAAAGACCUAUAAACCCAAAUGGAAUCUGGACGGGGUAUACAGCAUUAAUGGCGACACUGAAGAUACAGCAGACGACAGCAGCCAAGAUGGCGGUUCACAGGAUCCAGUUGACAACAAGACUGCCGACUUGAUCUGGCCCUUCACGGAAGUCACCGAAUGCAGAACAUUACCUCAGUUUCGCUUCGUCCUGUGUUUGGAUUAUGAACACGACAAGGACCAUGACAGACCGUGCUCUUUAGCGCGCGUGCAGACAGAGAGCAUGACCGCAGACUUGGGGCGUAUACCAGGUCACCUGCUCGGCCGGGAGACUGUGACCUUCAGCAACCUUCUUGGAGUCAGACAAAAUCUGGACGUCAUCCCGAAUCCGUUGACGCUGGAAUUUCCGAGUUGGGAGGGUCCAGUUCAUCUGUCCGUGUUUGUGAAGUGCUGUGGUCUGCGCCCGAGUGCCGACAACCCAUGUGAGGAGAAACUGAGCACUAUCAUCACCACAUGGCCUCAGUCUCUCCGGCUGGGCACACAGACCAGGCGAUACAGUCUAGAGGGCAAGGCCAGCCUAACGAUGUCAAUGAAUGCUGUGUGUGACCCAAACUAUUUCGGACCAUCAUGUGACGUUUACUGUAAGAUUGAGAACCCGAGCAAGGAGCACACGUUCUGUAAUGCCACGACAGGGCGGAUAGAAUGUCUCAAGGGCUGGGAAGGACCCGCUUGUCAGAGUGACACUGACGAGUGUCGUGGUGUCGUGUGCAAGAAUGGCGGGACUUGUGAGAACAGCCCUGGACGAUACAAAUGUAAAUGCCCUUUUGGAACCAGAGGUCUCCUUUGCGAGCAACGUUACCCUGUGUGCCACCUAAGGCCUUGCCAGCACCAGGGCACAUGUCUAGAGACACCUGCUGGGGCCCUUUGCUUCUGCCUGCCGGGGUUCGAUGGUCAGUGGUGCCAUCUCUUAGAAGGCGAAGUUGACCGUGACCGCUCCACAGAGGUCAACCAAGGGGUCAGCGGGGACUUGGUGACAAGUGUGCCUCGUGUGCUGGAGCCGACAACUACUGCUGGCGUGCCCUACAUCCCCGACUCUGGAACCGCUGGAAACCGGCAAGGGAUGGAUACAGGACAGGGCAGCGGUGCUGUGUGGAAAGACUGGUAUCUCAUCAUCAUCCUCGGCUUUCUUCUGCUGGUUAUCAUCAUCGUCAUGGCCGCUAUCGUCAUUUACUGCACCAAAGCGAGAAAACGCUAUCUAGUGACUACACUGCCCGCAAGCACAGCACGGACACAGCAGCCGAAGAAGCCUCGGAUGUUCAACAAUGCGGUCUACCAGCGUGAAGAGCACAAUCCAACUACCCAGGCACUCCCCCUUAGCACGCAGGUCGUGCCAGGCCGGGAUCAGGAUGACGACACCAGUGCCGGUUUUGGGGUCAAAGCUGGAAAGAACGUUGACACUGACAGAGACAGCAGAGACGCGGAACGCUCGUAUCAGUUUCGCGUAGACAAGUUCAGUAACGAUACUGUGUCCGUUUCCGACAAGGCACGUCUCGCAGGGCACCCUCAAGAGGAAAGUGGUGAUCGAAUACCCCAUGGACGAGGAAAAUCAAACAUAAAUUCUUAUCGAGCAGGAAACAAUAAACAUAAAGAAAGAGAACUAAGUAAAAGCUACGAUAAGCCGAGAAUAAAUCACCCCAGAAAUGAAGUCGGGAACAACCGGGAUGGCAUAGCCUUUAGUGGCGCAAAAGAUGGAGAGGCUCGAAAGGGAGGCCUUUCGGGCUGGGGAGGAGGGGAUGGUAGUCUGGAAAGUGCAGUCUACCAACCCCACACGUAUCUUCCUGCUGUUUUGGAGCAGAGCAUUGGUCGAAAUGCCACUCAAAGUUCCCAUGGGAACACAGCAGCUCCUCGCAAUGGAAAGCCUGGUACCUACUCUGAGCAAUACCUGAGUUCCAGGCCAGAUCUUGCCAAGUCAUCUGCUCGGGUAGAGUCGAAGGCUCCUCAUUCGAGGGCAACUGGUGGUAGAAACAAACCGGCGGAGCAUGAGUAUGAAGAUAUUGACUCUGAGGCUUGUUAUCGUACGCCAUAUCGCCCGAUUCCCAAACCCAGAUCUAUACACAGAUCAUCAACUGGUGGGGGACUUGCUCUACAAAUAGCGCCAGGUGAAAUUGAUAUUUCCGAUGGCACCCCAGGUAGGGACUGUAAUAAUUAUAGCGACCAAUAUGAGACUGGUCGGCAUCAAAGAAGACGCAUGUCCCAUGACCCGUCUUUAGUUUUGUCCGUACCCACAGGUAUGGGUGGACCCUCAAGAGAUCUGGGCUCCCUAAAUUCAAGCAAACCCUCAUAUGGCAUGGACACUCGAGCAAAUAGGGACAACCAUUUCGGAAAUCAUUCGAACACGAGAGCACCACAUGGUCACAGAGACGGACCAAACGGUAACAGUGGCUACGUACGUCCAGAGUCUCUCGCGAGGGUCAGACACUUAAGCUAUCAAGACAGCCCUGUCCAGUACCUCAACGUUCAAAACGAUCAGGUGUACAGCCGUGGCUCUUACGACAGUUACGAUGGACGAUACAGUCCCAGCUCAAACACCGACAGUUAUAAGGCGUUUGGUCCAGCUCCAUCGCCACCAUCUACACCGUCAGCGGCGAAGAGAAAUGCCGUAUCUCAGAAUUUUUCUGUGUAUGCAGCAAACCUGCCUUGUGCUCUGGAUUCAUGGGGCAACAAGAACAACGCGAACGCUCCAGAUUUGGGUCCGUUCUCAGCGAGCUACGAACACCAGUACAUCAACACUGCUGGAGGCAGUCAGCCUAUGCUCAACUCCGCCCACAACAAUGGUGAGACAUCACGUGAUCCCGCCUCGGGUUAUCAUGGCAACAGAAGAAGAAGUGAACCUAUCACCGACCGACUCUUUCGAAAGAGAAGGAUGUCCAGCACCCUGAGUGGAGAUCUGGAGACGCCAGUGGAUGUAGAGUGGUGGACAGAUCAAGGGGAGGAAGAGGACAACAGAGGGAAAGGCUUCUCAGCCCAGUGCACACCCUCCACGUCGUCCUCUUCGGCCUUUGUCUAACAAGUCCAUAUUUGGGUUUAUGACGAACUUUUGGGCUCAGAGAUCUUAAAGAUUUGUUUUCCAAGUGAUAGAAAUGAUUAUAAUGACACAAGCAAAAUGAUUCAUCCCCCCCCCCCACUCCCAUGAGGGUGCAAUAUAUGACAUGGCUUUUUAAAAACGCCUCAAAAUGUCACAAUGUAUAGCCCAUGUCUCAACAUGUUUCAUAAGUCGUAAGAAUUUUCAGAUUUUUCCUUGACUUUCACUUAAUAAGCCACGCAUCUGUGUAGAAUGUUGGGUCCUAGCAUGGCCAGAUUUUAAGCGUUAUUAUAAAAACAAUGGUUGAUGUAAUCUCAAAAAAGAAAACUGUUUUGCUGUUUUAAAAAUGCUGAGUCUGCUUCGCUUGAGCCUGAGUGAUUUUUAGAUGGCAAUCAAAAGAUGAUCCAGUAGAUUAUCUCGGCUUUGGAAUCUCAGUGUCGCAACUACGUUGGCUAAGGCGCAAAGACAGUUUCGGUGAGAACUCAACAAUAAAAUGAGACUGAUGUCAA